AUGGCAAAAGAACCGCGCGAAGAGCACAGCGAAGAAGGGACGGCAUCGCAGCUUGCUAGAAAGGCCGAGCACAAUCCUCAAGCCUCACUUAUAGGCAUCCCAGGCGAAUUAAGAAAUCGCAUCUACCGCUACGCUCUCCACGAAAACCACGAUAUCCAGAUUACAGCCACCGACGACACCGAGCCCGGCUUGCUGCAAACAUGUCGCCAAGUUCAAGGCGAGGCAUGCUCAAUUUUCCGCGCCGAAACCCGCUUUUCGCUCAACGUGGUAGACUGUCGCCCGGAGGUUCCCACAAAUUUCCAUCUCCACUGGAUGAGCAUGGUGAAGAGCAUUGGAUGGCUGUACAGCGGACGCUCACAUUGGCGAAACCUCAAAGAGUGGAUGCGACGGUUCUACGAGGGACAUAUCGCUGGUGAGGUUGACAUGAACGAGAUGCACAGCCACCGCGAUCUUAGGGCCGUGCAACUGGCAUCGAGAAUCGUGCGUGCAUCCAGAGAGCGGCCGUGGGCGGAUGUUGAUGAUAUGCUGGAGACCUUCAAGGAAAGUGUCAAGGUUGGCGACGCGCACUUUUGGGUCGACGACCACUAG